AUGGCCAUCUUCCUGCCACAGCAGCUUAUUCAUUGUGGAUUUAUUCAGGGAGGUUGGACGGGCUUCAGGGCUCGGGAGCAGAAACACAGUCAUUCAUCUGGAGGAACAAAGGACCAAGAACAGGACCCUAAUCUCAAAGAGUUCCAGAAGUCCACACUGCGUUAUGCAAACCUGAAACUAGGACCAAGCACAUCUAAACAGGGCCAGGAACCAAAGCUUCUCUCAGAACAAAAUGUACGGGGUAUCCGGUUCCACGUACGCUCCCUUGGGUGGGUGGAGAUGGAGGAUGCAGACCUGUCGCCGGGCAAGAGCAGUCUGGCGGUAAAUAACUGCAUACGGCAGCUAUCCUAUCGCAAGAACGACAUCCGCGACACGGCCGGGAUCUGGGGAGAGGGUAAAGACAUGUACAUGGUCUUAGAAGACGAGUACCUGAAACUCACGGACCCUAACGACUCCACCAUCCUCAACUCGCAGCACGUGUGCAGCAUCCGAGUCUGGGGUGUCGGACGCGAUAACGGAAGGGACUUUGCCUAUGUAGCCAGGGACAAAGUCACCAAGCGCUACAAGUGCCACGUGUUCCGAUGCGAUAUCCCGGCUAAGGCCAUCGCCAACGCGCUGCACGAAAUCUGCGCCAAGGUGAUGAGCGAGCGCCAAAAGGGCAACACAAUCUCCAUGGUAACCCAAGGUCAGAUGAUCAGACAACAACAGCAACAACAAUUGAUGCAAAUGAAGAGUAUUUCGCUAGACAGUAGUAAGGAUGCGACCCACACACCAUCAGCAGGUGUGGACUUCCCUACGCCCAAGAUGGAGCCCAUUACUGUCUUCCGUGCCAACUAUGUGGGAAGCACGUCAGCUCUCAAGCAAUCAGGCAUGGAUGUGCUGAAUGACGCCAUUGAUAAGGUGGUCGGAAUGGUCAGUGAAGACCAGUGGACACCGGUCAGGAUUGAAGUAGCUGUCUCAACGGUCACUGUCACAAGUGUGAAGACCAAAGAAACAGUUGCUGAGAACAGGAUACGGUUCAUGUCAUUCCUAGGCAUCGGUAAAGACAGCAGACACUUUGCGUACAUCAUGUGUAUUGGGAAGAACAAGUUUCAGUGUCACGUCUUCACCUGUGAGCACUCCGCUGGGGGUCUGGCUAAGGCAGUCGAAGCAGCAUGCAAGCUGAGGUAUCAGAAGUGCUUGGAUGCAAACCCCAAAGGAUCACAAGUCAAUGCAGCCGAUGGCAAGACAUGGGGCUGUGCACUCAAAACUGGUAUCCAAUCCAUCUUCACCAAGUUUGGAACGAUUAGGAUACAAGGUAAAGAUGCUCCAAUCAGUGCCGUCUAGAGCAUCCAGCCAAUUGACGAUGCGUUGCCUAGCAAACAACAAUCUUGGAGGCGGUUCCAUUAAAUAACGUCAAGAGCCAUUUCCCCAUUUUUCUGUACUCAACACAUUCUAUAAAUACUAUGUGAUGAUGAUGGUGAUGAUGUUUUCAAGCGUUGAUCUUGGAAGUGCUGAUUUUCUGUGAGCCAGAUGAUGUGCAGUGUUCUGUUAUAUGCUUGUGUUAUAUGAUGUGAGAGAGAGAGAGAGAAUGAGAGCACUGGCAAGCUGUAUGUUUCUAUAUACAUGUAUCUAAUGUAUGAGGCUUAAUUGCAUGAGAAAUCAAAUAAUAACAUUGCAUAUGUAUUGAUGUUAUAAAUGUUUGAAAAGAUUCAUUCUUGACUGGAACUCAUCCAUCUUUCACCAAAAUAAAAGGAUUUGUUAGGAUAUUUGGACAAAAAUAUAUAUAAAAGGUGGUUAUAGUCGGGUUGGGUCAAUUUAACUACGUAAUAACUAGUUGAUUGAAAUAUUACUGUUGAAAUAAUGCAACUUAAGGACACGUCACAAGUGCAGAAUAAGAAGGUGUAUUGAAUAUAGCCCUCUUGAAUAAAUGAUGCUUUUAAGAAGAU